AUGUUUUUGACAACUAGUAAGCCAAAGGCACUGCCUUUUGGACGGAUCCACGAUGUACUUUUUCAGAUCAUCAUCAACGGAGAUAUCGACACUGUUUUGACCCUUUGUCUUGUGAGCAAGAGCACCUAUGAAGUCAUCAAAAGCUUGGAGCAUCACAUCUGCGGAUCUUUUAUGCGUUCUCAUGGCAUCACUUGGUUUGACCCGGUCCUUACCUUAAAUCCGUGGACUGGAGGCCAGAAUGCCGUCACGGUGCACAGCAUUCGAAAAUUCAUUGAGCGCCAGGAUAUUGCGCAACGACUAGCCCACCAUAUUGUGCCCUCGGUGUGGGGAUCCUUCUCAGACGACGAAACAUCGAUCAUGAACCUCAAAGCGGAGCUCCAGCUGGCCCAACGGCUGGAACGGGGCCUCUAUGUGCUCUUCCACAUGGCGGACAUCGCCCACCCGACUAGGAAAGUAAAGCAGAGACGGUUCUCGAACCCAGUCAUCACCGGGAGGCUGAUGGUGCUCAGCAAGAUGCUGGACGAAUAUCACCACCUACCACCGCACACGCGAAAGGCCGUCUCGUUGGAAAACUACGUCAGUCACAUCCAAAGGGUGCUGAAAUACGGAUACAAAGAAGCCGACAUCGGCAGAAGACGACUAGAGCUUCGAGGCUACCUCGACGAGCAGACGCAAAUCGAUUUCCACACCACGGUCCGGAUGCUGCGCGAGCUCAUGGAGCGCAUGCUCCUGCGCCACGGACCGAAGGAUUACCACCGAGACACCAACAAUGAGUUCAGUGUGAUCUCAUGGUUCCUUCUGAAGCAAUCGCCGCAGUCUCUGGAGAAGCUGUUCCUCGGCCCUCAGGAUGAUUGCUGCACGUUCAAGCCAGACUCUCCUACCUGCAGUGUCAAGCAAUGCUAUUUCUCGGACCCGCUGGACGACUACUGGAGAGCGUGGAAGGAUGUUCCCGACUUGGGGUGUCGGGGCUGCGACUGCAAGAGACGGGUUCGAAGCUGGAGUGUCAAGCCAGCGCUGAUCGACGCUCACGGACGGGAGUUUAAUCGUGCCGCAGAGCGUUAUCUCAAAGAGAGCUGGACUCAACGGCAUGUUGGGCUGCACCGUGCUUUUGCGAUGGGAUGUUUCAACAUAAUUAUCUGA